ACUCAAGCCCGUGUAAAACAAAAACAAGUCCUCCAUUUAUGGACAUCAUGUACGGCCAAGGAAGUGGAACUGGGUCCACUAGAAAACAGUUUCAGACAGAAACUGGAGCGGAGGUCACAGAUGGCAAGCUUCAACAUAUGGCUGGUAGAAUACCAGGCUGUAGUGAGAAUCAGAAACAUUUACCAUCAUCAUUUACUGGCACAGUGA